AUGAACUUCGCAAGUUUCCCGAAUGAGAAGGCCAUGGGCUUCACGUAUUUUCCCACCAUAAAUAAUGGAUGCGUCACCGAUCUUCGUACACUAAGGUAUUGUUCAUUCAUGGAGUGGUGGUGGUGGAAAUAUCAGUCGAAGGCAGCCAAUAUUUCAUCGUUUCAACUGCCACCACUGGCUCCGGCAAAGUGGGCCCCGUUGUCUUCAUCAAAUUCGCCAGUAAUCACCGCAUCAUCCUCGCCGCAUCCCAAUGGUUUUUGCCAGCGGAUUCCGCUGAUUCAGCAAGAGCCGCGGUCGCCGCCAACAGGCCAAAAGUAUCUAAGGAAGUCCACCUUCGCGGGAUCAGUGCUUGCGAGUGCUGCCGCGACCACUCGUACGCCGGUGAUCAGACAUUAUUACUCGCAUCGUCUUCCGCAGCGCGCAACCCUCGUGCCGUCUCCGCUUCAGCAGUCUUCACUUCACGCCGCUUCACUAUUCCCCUCACCCUCCCUAUCACCUUCAGUCCGGUCGAACCCCUCCCCGCGACUUAUUUCACGGAUUUCAAACGGUCAGGUGGUCAGGCCACCGGAACGCUACGGCAUCGGAAUGCCACGUCGCGGUUUUGACAGCAUCCGGCGCAUGCCAAUUGUGGUGAUCCCGCGCAAGCGGAAGUAUAAAAAUUACGUGUCGCGACGACGCAAUACGCAGCUGUUAGCAAGCCUGCGUCGUUGUGCCUCCGAUCCGGUGAUCUAUCGGAGUUUCAAUCAUUGGGAAGGCCUCACAAAACCUUUCACUCCCCUUCACUCUACGGUUGCUCCUGUUGCACCCAUCGCCGAAAUCCCAGAAGUGGGCUCGUUCAGUGACACUCGAAUAGGUGAGGCUGCUGCGUUAAGGCGACGCAUAGAUACCGCCGCAAAAACAAAGGAGACAGUUGCCUCGGGAAAGAACAAGACCGGUACUGGCACAGAACUCCAAAUGAGGCGUCGGGCUGAGGACCAGAGGUUCGCCGCUGCAAGAGGUGCUGCAACGAGCCAAGCGGAAAUUAGUACGAGUUGCUCGGAUGAUGUUAUUUUGGAAAUGGACAAGGCACGGGAAGGACUAGCGGAAGUCGUCCUGAGAGCGCCGACGCCUCCCACAACUUCACGGAUCAGGCCACGGAAUCUGGCCUGUCGGAGCAUUGUCCUGCCCCGGGCAACUGUAGUGGAGCCCGCAGUGUUGAAAAGGCGUUUAUCAUCGGGUCGUUCGAGGCGUGAGGAUGUUGCGGCACUUCGCAAAGAUUUUCGCGAGUAUGUCAAUUUAGCAUCAGUAAGCGAUGACUUAGAUGAGAAAUUGGAAGAGGAACGAACAGCCGAACAAAAGGCACAAAAUACGGUUACAGCUGUUACAGCUGCUUUUUCAACGCUAGCUGUCGAUCCGCCGCUUACCCAGGAACGAGGGGCUGAGGCUGCUGAUACGAGUGCGGCUGCUGCCGGAGGAGGGAAUGGUGCUGCCGCUGUUGCUGCUGGAGUGGCGGGGGACACUGCAACAAAAAGUGGUGCUGAUGAAAAACAGGGACCACUGAGCGGAGCGUCGAAAAUCAUUUCUCCAGAUGACUGCAGUGGCCCGGACAACGGGCAGCGAAAAUCCAGGAAGGAGGUCCCGCAGCUUACAAGUAUCGCACUGAUCCCGCCAUCGCCAACCCAGAAACAACGGAAGCCGGCUGCUGCUACUGCUGUAUCAUUUUCGCAAAGCUCAUUGCUUGCAACACUGCAGCUACCACCGUCCGUGAGCGCUAAAGUGGAUCGAAUCAUUGCGAAUGCUAGUCGAAAGGAGAAGGAGCGACGCUCCAACCAUGCUCCCAUCAAUUCGGUACAGUUUUACGCCGUUCAGUUGUUACUGAGUGAUCGUUCGGACCGACUGCUGCCCGCUUCCUCGUCAAAAUCGCAUCUUACUGCUGCGGGACAGACGCCAUCCAGUUCGGCGACAGCUGUAGUUGCACGGCCGGUGGUCGAGGAUGAUCGCGAUGGGCAUCUCAUCUACAAGGAUGGAGAUAUCAUUCAAGGAAGAUAUGAAAUAGUUCGUACAUUGGGCGAAGGCACGUUCGGCAAAGUGGUGCAAGUGAAGGACGGUGCGCAAAAUGGCCGACAGUUCGCACUGAAAGUGAUCAAGAAUGUGACCAAAUACCGAGAAGCAGCGCGUCUCGAAAUUAAUGUGCUAAAUAAAUUGCAGGAGAAGGAUCCGAAUGGAAAAUUGUAA